GCUGGGCAUCUUCUUCAACUAGCGCAGAGAUGAAUGGGCCGCGUCCCUCGACUCGCGUGUUCCUCUCCGAUCUCUCAUCUCUACAGGCGGACUCGAAGAUCCGCUUUCUUGGCUGUGUGACACAUUAUACCAUCACCACUGGCCAUUUGAUACUGGAACACAACUAUCCACGCAGCAAGAUAGCUCCAAGCUCUGUAUCUGUCGAUAUCAAUGCCCUCCUUGAGGACCUGACCGCGGAAGAACUGCGCGUGGGAACAUGGUUGAAUGUCGUGGGCUAUGUCAGAGAAUCGGAGACGGUGCCACGACCAUCUUCAUUCUAUUCGACUCCCGACGACGCGAGUCGGUCGAGUCAGAGACAUUCUACGGUCCCCCCUCGUCCGGUGUAUGUCGAGGCAAUUAUGGUCUUCCCGGCGGGAGCUAUUGCUAUCGGGGAGUAUGAGCGAAUCCUUUGCAAUUCUCGGCGUGUCGAGCAGAUGAUACAGUUUGCCAACUGA